AUUCCUGGUAUGCUGGCCGGGCAGAGUUCUACAAAACCUAAAUAUAGCUUGAUAUAUCGGUGUUAUGCAGUUCCCUGGGUACGAUGUAUAGGUUACACCUGUUUGGCACUUGUUCCUCUGAAACGUACAUUAGGUCCAUUUUAAGUGGCGAUAUUCAGACAAGGAGAAGCUGAAUAUGCGAAGCUGAACCUCGCCUGAUCUAUGGCUAUGAAGGAUAUGUGUGUCAGCUAGUCCUUCCCCACCGUGGUGCCCAACCACAGCAGCAACCUGCAGGCGACAAUUGCAACUUCUCGCUUCUGGGCGGGACGCGAACCGCCGACCCCCUCGGAUGAAAGGCCAGAGGCAACAUCAGGAAGAACGGAUUCUUUAAGUUGAAUAACACUGCGUAGUACAAUUCUGAAUCGUUGAAAAGUUGAUUAUUGCUUUCUCGUGACAAUUACUUCGCUGGUCAGUCGGUUUCAUAAGGUCACUGUUAUAAUCGUCUACUGUGUAUUUGAAGGCAAUAGACAUAGACGAGACCUGAAUAAUGUAUGGCCCCACACUUACCUUUUACAUGUUGUUUGUCUACGACCAAGUUUUACAUGUAGGGGUAGCAUUUCUUAACCAUUCCUGUCUUAUACAUUCAGUGGUUGGUCAUUUUUCGGUUGAAAUGACACACUCAUUCCCCAAAAUAUGAAGCUGAAAUAUAUACAUAGGCCUAUAUCUUGUUAAGAAUGUAUACUUUAGUUUAGCGCUUACGUAGGCCGCGCCCCACUGGCAGCGAGCUGGCGCGAGCGAGCUGAGGCGAGACGAUUUGAUGUGGCCAUACUGGACGCGAACAAGAGCUGGCAACAGCGCGAGCAGGCGCGGGCCAAAGCGGGGAGAGUUGACAGUUACCUUUUCUCGCUUGAGCCGCUCGGGAAAUAUGGAUAUUGACAACCUUAUUACGGAAGUUUCUAUGACUCCCUGCAUUUGGGAUGCGUCGCAUAAACAACACAGUGACCGAACAGUUACAGCACAGCAGUGGAAAAGGAUUGCAGAAAAACUGGGAGUUUCUGAUGAAGCGGCGAAGAAGAAAUUUAAGAAUCUCCGUGAUCAGUUCAGACUCGAGCUGAAAAAGGUACCCUUGGAGAAAUCGGGGGACCCAGAGUUACAAAUGGAGGAGUAUCUCACCAUCUGGCCGUGGUUUAGAAAGAUGUACUUCCUAAAAGACCAGAUUCUGAGGCGAGCGAACACUGGCAACUCAAGCGGCGCUUCGGCAAAGCGAAAAUACGAUAUGGAUUACACCGAGGGCGAAAUAGCCGACCAGCCGUCUCCUUUACAGGUCUUCGAUGGUAUUCAGAAUUACCUCGCAAAGGGACAAAGUGAGGACUCGGACUGUUCGAAGAAAAUGAAGGAGUCUAGUCUGCAAGUCAAUUUUCUCGAGAUGGUGAGGAAACAAGCGGAGGAGGAACGAGACGGUGACAGGAUGUUCCUCUUGAGUCUCUUGCCCGCGAUGAAAUCCCUGGAACCACAGCGAGCUUGCUUGUUUCGCAUAAAAGUACAACAGUUACUGUACGAGGCGCAGUUUUCUCAAGACUUUGGUCAGACGUUUUCAGAAUAGACUACCGGUGAUCCUUAACACCUUAUCGAUUUAUAAAUUUAUAUCUGAGAGUUUGAAUUACAGACCAUGUACUUUUCUAGUUGUUAUACAGAAAAGAACUCGCUAAAUUCGAGAUUAAGCAAUGUUUUCCACAAUGCCCACGGUUUCCUGUUGCGUAUUUAUUAUUUUUUUCUUUUCAAAAUGACGCACUCUGCAGAAAAACAUAUAGAUACUUUAAUUCUCUGAUUGUUAUAAUUAUUUUUUUAUAAUAUGUAUGUUA